UCAUUCUCAAAAAAGCGCGAUGGUCGACGAGCAACAUCAUCCGUCCCUGCGGAAAGCCCGCGCGGACUCCCGUCUGCACAAUUACACCACGAUGGAACAUUAUGUGGAGGAGAUGCAAGGGCGUCGACCGGUGAAGAAGAUGCUCAUCGCGAACAACGGUAUUUCCGCCGUCAAAGCGAUCCGAUCGAUCCGCAAAUGGUCGUACGAAAUGUUUGCGAACGACCGCAUGGUGAAAUUCGUGGUCAUGGCGACCCCGGAGGACUUGCGCGCGAACGCCGAAUACAUUCGCAUGGCUGAACAAGUUGUGGAAGUUCCAGGCGGAUCCAACAACAACAACUACGCGAACGUCCACCUCAUCAUUGAAAUCGCCGAGCGUUUUGAAGUCGACGCCGUGUGGGCUGGCUGGGGCCACGCGUCCGAAAACCCAUUGUUGCCUGAAACCUUGGCAAAGACUGCUCGACAGAUCCUCUUCGUCGGACCCUCGGGCAAGCCCAUGCGUGCGUUGGGGGACAAGAUCGGGUCCACGAUCAUUGCACAAAGCGCCAAAGUGCCGACAAUUUCAUGGAACGGCGACGGGAUCAUCGUGGAUUACAAGGAACUGCAAGACAUCCCCGAGGAAGUCUACAAAGCUGCGUCCAUUCGCGACGGCGAACACUGCCUGGAAGAAUGCGAACGCAUUGGAUACCCCGUGAUGAUCAAAGCCAGUGAAGGCGGCGGGGGCAAAGGGAUCCGCAAAGUCACCCGCAAGGAGGACGUUGUCGCUGGGUACACGGCCGUGCAAGGUGAAAUUCCAGGGUCGCCGAUCUUCGUGAUGAAGCUCGCGCCCAAGUCGCGCCACUUGGAAGUGCAAUUGCUGGCCGACGAGUACGGUAACGCGAUUGCCUUGUCUGGCCGCGACUGUUCUGUGCAGCGCCGCCACCAAAAGAUCAUCGAAGAAGGACCAGUGUUGGCCCCCACGGAAGAAGUGUGGGACCAAAUGAUGCUCGCGGCGACGCGGUUGGCCAAGGAGGUGGACUACGCGAACGCGGGGACGGUCGAGUACUUGUUCACGGAACAGCCGGACGAGACUGGCAACAAGUUUUUCUUCCUGGAACUGAACCCUCGUUUGCAAGUGGAACACCCGGUCACGGAAAUGAUCACGGGCGUCAACCUGCCGGCGUGCCAGCUCCAAGUGUCGAUGGGCAUCCCAUUGCACCUGAUUCCCGACGUCCGUCGGUUGUACCAGAAGGACUCGUUCGGGAAGACCCCGAUCAACUUUGACACGGAGAAGCAAGCACCGCCGCACGGCCACGUGAUUGCCGCCCGCAUCACGGCCGAAGACCCGAACGCUGGGUUCCAGCCCACGUCGGGGCAGAUCGAAGAGCUCAACUUCCGCAGCACGCCCGACGUGUGGGGGUACUUUUCCGUCGACUCGUCUGGACGCGUGCACGAAUUCGCCGACUCCCAGAUCGGCCACUUGUUUUCAUGGAGCACGUCGCGGGAACGCGCGCGCAAGAAUUUGAUUUUGGCGCUCAAGGAGCUGAGCAUUCGCGGUGAAAUCAACACGACCGUCGAGUACCUGGUCAAGAUGAUGGAGUCGGAUGACUUCAAGAACAACCGCAUCUCGACGUCGUGGCUCGACGAACGCAUCGCGCGCCACAAGGAAGUGUCGGUGCAAGGCCGUCCGGACACGCUCAUGGUCGUGCUCGUCGGCGCCAUGUGCCUUGCGUACCAAGCGUCCAACACCCGCCAGGAAAAGUACGUGGCGCAACUCGAGCGCGGCCAGAUCCCCGGCAACGAGCUCCUGCAGCAAGAAGACGAGCUAGAACUCAUCUACGAAGGCAUCAAGUACAAGAUCCGCGCCGCCCGAUCCGGCGAAAUCACGUUCACGUUGUACUGCAACGACUCGUACGUGCAAGCCAACAUUCGCACGCUGAGCGACGGCGGGUACCUCGUCUUGUUGAACGGAAAGUCCCACGUGGCGUACGCGACCAAGGAAGCCCAGGGCCUCCGCUUGAUCGUCGACGGCAACACUUGUGUGUUCACCAACGAAUACGACCCUACCCGCCUCGUAACCAACGCCGCCGGUAAGUUGGCGCGCUACCUCGUCAAGGACGGCGCCAAGCUCCGCCGUGGCACGCCGUACGCUGAAGUGGAAGUGAUGAAGAUGUACAUGCCGCUGUUGACCCCCGAAGACGGCAUCGUGCGCCACGUCAAGCCCGAAGGAUCGGUGUUAGCACCUGGCGACUUGAUCGGCAACUUGGAACUGGACGACCCGUCCUGCGUCAAGCUGUCGGACCAAUUCCUGGGCAAGUUGCCCGACUUUUCCAACGAGCCAGAGAACGCCAGCACCAAGUCGUUUUACAUGAUGAAGAAGGCGAUUGGGACGCUGACAACUGUCUUGGACGGGUUCAAGCUGCCCGACGACCUGGUCCAGCGCGCCAUCAACGACCUCUUCGACUCGGCGCUCAAGGACCCGCUGCUCCCGCUGGACGAAAUCAGCGAAACGCUCAGCGCGUUGGCGAGCCGCAUGCCUGGCCACGUGUACGACCAGAUCCGCGACCACAUGCAGGCGUACCGCGACUCGGACAAGUCGGCGCCGUUCGACGUGUCCAAGAUCUCGGCGGCCUUAGACGCGUUCAAGGGCACGCUCACGCUGCCGUCCGAAGCCAACGCGUACGAAGGCAAGAUCGCGCCGCUGCGUGAAGUCCUCCCCAAGUUUGAAAACGGCUUGGAAACUCGCCGCGAGCGCGUCGUGUAUGACUUGAUCGCCAAGUACUUUAACGUGGAAAACCCGUACGCCCAAGGCCACAACGUCGAGGACAUCGUGAUGGCUCUGCGCAAGGACAACGUGGCAUCGCUCGCUGCCGUGUUUGGCAUCGCCCGCGCCCACGUAGCCAUCGACAACCGGUCCAAGUGGCUGCUCGAAGUGCUUCGCCAUAUCCGCCGCGGCGACAAGAAGGCCAUCUCGAGCUACGUGAGCAUGUUGGAGGCUAUCGCCAACUUCAAGGGUCGCGACUACUCGCUCGUGUCGCUGGAAGCGCGCCACAUUCUGGUGGACCGGACCAUGCCCAGCUACUCGGACCGGGUCUUGGAGAUGGAAACGAUCCUCCGCGCGAUCGUUAGCGACACGUCCCGGCCGCCGCACGAAACGGAAAAGUUCCAGGAACUGCUCGACCAAUCGCAGCCCAUCUUUGACUUGCUCAUCAGCCACGUCGACCACUCUGACGUGGCGAUCCGCCAAGUCGCGCUCAACCUGUACAUCCGCCGCGUGUACCGUUCGUACAUCAUCUCCAAGACCGACGCGACCGCGGCCGACAAUGGCAUCCUCGGCAAAAAGUUUGAGUUCAAGUCGCCGACCAACGAAGGGCUGUCGGUGCGGUCUGCGACCAUGAACAAGGCCGAAAGUUACGAUGACCUGGCGUCGCUCCUGAAGAAGGGCAGCGGGUCCUCGGCUAGCUUGACGUCGCUGUCGCGGUCCGACUCGACGGGAAGCGACUCGGACUCCAAGUACUCUGUGGAGAAGAUCUCGCCCACGGUGAAUCGCCACGGGGUGCUCGUCGCGUUCAACACGUUGGACGGAUUGAAAGACAAGUUUGACCAAGUGCUGGAACUCAUCCCCAAGCGCAACAUGCUCGCCGGGCUCACCAAGGUGCAGUACGUGAAUGUGCUGCACGUGAUCCUCCUGGAUGAAGUCGACAACGAAGACGCGACGCUUGAGAAACUCAACGUGUUCGUGGCGUACCACAAGGAAAAGAUGCAAAACCACUUGGUGCGCCGCAUCACGUUCAGUGUCAAGCCGCACUUGCGCAACGUCGUGGAUGCAUCCACGACGUACCACUUGUACCCUGGCAUUUACACGUUCCGCCAGUCCACGGGGUACGUGGAGGACGCGAUCGUCCGCCACAUGGAGGCGCCGUUGGCGUACAUGUUGGAGCUGCAACGCCUGGCCAACUACAGCGUCAAGACGGCCGACUCGAAGGACAAGAACGUGCACUUGUACUUCUGCACGCCCAAGAAGAGCGCGCUCGCGGCCGCCCGCGUCGACAAGAAGGAGCACUUCCAGCGCUUCUUUGUGCGUGCGGUGGUCCGCCAACUGGAAAAGCUCGACGUGCAGUCGCAGUUUGACGCACACCCGGGCCCGGAACGCACCCUCGUGGAAGCGUUGAACGCGCUCGAGCUGGCCAUGGGCUCGGUCAAGUCGGACCUGCCAAUCAAGAACAACCACGUGUUUAUGAACGUCGUGCCCGAGGCGGUGGUGGACCCGCACUACUUGGAAGCAGUGAUCCGCAUCCUUGCCAGCCGGUACGCGGCCCGGUUGGACCAGCUCAAGGUGAGCCAAGUGGAGCUCAAGAUCUCGGCCAAGUUCAACGACAACGCGUACAGCAUCCCCGUGCGUCUCGUGGCCGCCAACCCCACCGGCUUUGUCCUGCGCGUCGAAUCGUAUGUUGAAGCGCACGAGAUGCGCAACGGCGCCGAAGUCGCCAUUUUCUCGAGCAUCGGCGACGAUGUGGUCGGCGAAUGGGACAACACGCCCGUGUCGACGCCGUACCCUGUCUCGUACCCGUUCGACGUCAAGCGCGAAGCCGCCAAGCGGUCGUCCGACACGCUGUACGCGUACGACUUUUUGGAGCUGAUUGAAAACGCGUCGGUGCGCAACUGGCGCAAGUUUGCAUCGGACCGCGCGUCCAAGGGCGUGGCCACCAAGGUGCCGCACCACUUGGUCGAAUCCAAGGAGUUUGUGCUCACCAACGACGACACGGACGUGGAGCUAGUCACGCGCCCCCGCGGCCUCAACGACGUGGGCAUGGUCGCGUGGCUCCUCACGCUCUUCACGCCCGAAGUGCCCACUGGUCGGUCAGUGGUGCUCAUCUCCAACGACAUCACGUACAACGCCGGGUCGUUUGGCACCCGCGAAGACAAGCUGUUCGACUUGGCGUCCAAGUACGCCCGCCAACACAAGCUGCCGCGGCUGUACUUUGCCGCCAACUCUGGCGCGCGCAUCGGCAUGGCCGAGACCGUCAAGGCCAAGUACCAAGUCGCGUGGAAGGACGCGUCCGACCCGAGCAAGGGCUUUGAGUACUUGUACCUCAACAAAUCCGACUACGACUACUUUCACAGCGUCGGCGCCAUCGAGUGCGCGCACAAGGUGACGGCUGACGGCGAAGUGCGAUAUGUGAUCACCGACAUCAUUGGCGAAGAAAAGGACUUGGGCGUGGAAAACCUCCGCGGCAGUGGCACCAUUGCCGGCGAGAGCUCACGCGCGUACAACGACAUCUUCACCCUGACGUACGUGUGCGGUCGGUCUGUCGGUAUCGGCGCGUACUUGGUCCGUCUCGGCCAGCGCACGGUGCAAAACGUUACGAGUGCGCCGAUCAUCCUCACGGGGUUCCAAGCGCUCAACAAGCUCAUGGGCAAGGACGUGUACUCGUCCAACGACCAGCUGGGCGGGAUCAAGAUCAUGCACAACAACGGCGUGACCCACUUGACCGCCAACAACCACCUCCACGGCAUUGCGAGCAUUCUCAACUGGAUCUCGUUCGUUCCCGCCACCCGCGGCGCGCCGCUGCCGAUCCGCGACAUCACGGGUGUCGACACGAUUGACCGGGCCGUCACGUACAAGCCGACCCGCGUCGCGUACGACCCCCGCGAGCUCCUCACGGGCAAAGUCGUGGACGCCACGUGGCAAUCUGGGUUCUUCGACAAGGACUCGUUCGUGGAAUCGCUCAGCGCAUGGGCCAAGACGGUGGUUGUGGGCCGUGGCCGCCUCGGCGGUAUCCCCGUCGGGGUCGUCGUGACCGAAGUCCGCACCGUGGAGAAGCUGACGCCGGCAGACCCUGCCUCCCCCACCACGCAAGAACACACGGUCCAACAGGCCGGCCAAGUGUGGUUCCCAGACUCGGCACACAAGACGGCCACCGCCAUCCGCGACUUCCAGGGCGAAGACUUGCCCUUGUUCAUUUUUGCCAACUGGCGCGGGUUCUCGGGCGGCCAGCGCGACAUGUUUGACGAAGUGCUCAAGUUCGGCGCCGAGAUCGUCGACGGCCUCGUCAACUACACGCAGCCCGUGUUUGUGUACAUCCCGCCGUUCGCAGAGCUGCGCGGCGGCGCGUGGGUCGUGGUGGACCCGACCAUCAACUCGGACGUGAUGGAAAUGUACGCCGACCCGCAAGGCCGCGGCGGCGUGUUGGAACCCGCGGGGUUGAUCGAAAUCAAGUACCGCAAGCCGGCGUUGUUGGCGUCGGCGCACCGCGUGGACACGGUGCUGCUGCGGUUGGACGCGACGCUCGCGACACUGGCCGCCGACGACGUGACCCGCAGCGACGUGCUUCGUGACAUCCGCCUGCGUGAAUCCAAGCUCUUGCCCAUCUUCACGCAGAUCGCGACCCACUUUGGCGACCUCCACGACACCCCUGGCCGCAUGAAGGCCAAGGACGUGAUCCGCGAAGUCGUGCCGUGGGACCAAGCGCGCACGUACUUCUACUGGCGCCUCAAGCGUCGGUUGAGUGAGUUCCGCGUCCGCCGCUCCAUCUUGGAAGCAUCCAACGAGGAAAUGCACACGACGUUUGCAUCGACCGAAGCGACGGUGGCGGCGUGGUACAAGGCCCAACAACCCGCCGGCGACUGGGCCAACGACCAAGCCGUGCUCGCGUGGCUGCACUCAGACGCGGACUUUCUCGCCAAGCGACUCGAGAGCCUCCACCAAGAACGCAUCGCCCGCGAAGUCACGCGACUGGGGCUCCAAGACCCCCAGGCGGCGGUCGUCGGCAUCUUGCACCUCAUCAACCAGUUGCCCGACAGCGCCCGCGAAGACGUCGUCACGGCGCUCCGCCGAGGCAGCAUCUUUGCCCGCACGUCGUCCGUGUCGCAAUAGAGCAUACCAGCAGCCCUGUUAGUGGUUUAGGUAGUACAUAGUAGUUGGCUGCGACGACGGGAGUGACCGUUCCUGCGUAGUAUGUGUAUAAUAACUACCUACAUAUAGAUAUAUUCCUACA